AUGUCUAAAACCCCGACAAAGCGAGAGCUUCAAGCGGAAAUUCAGAAAAUUCUGAAGAAUGCUAACCUUGAAGAAACAGCAGCCAAAAAGGUGCGUUUGCAACUGGAGCAGAACUUGAAGUGUAACCUCUCCUCCCGCAAGAAGGAGGUGGAUGAUCUGGUAAUGGAGUACGUGAACUCGCAGGCUUCCUCCGGUGGGGAAGAUGAAGAAGAAGAAGAAGAUGAGGACGAGGACAACGGUAAGGCUACGAGAAGAAGUAAAGCCAAGGCAAACAGCGACUAUGACGAUGAAGAGGAGGAAGACGACGACGACGAUGACGAUGAGGACUUUUCGGAGGAGGAAGCUCCCAAGGGGCGCAAGAGCGCCGGCAAACGAGGACCCCCGGCCAAGCGUGGACCACCGAGGAAGAAGAAGAAAGCGUCUUCGGACAGCGACGACGAGGAGGAAGGCAGUGACGAAGACUACAAGCCACAGAAGCCUGCCAAAGGUGCUGGCAAGAGGGGCAGGAAGGCGAAGAACGCGUCCGACUCGGAUUCGGACGGCAAGCCGGCCAAGAAAAAGGCAGCUGGGGCCAAAAAACCUGGCGCCAGGGGUAACGGGUACACACGGCCCUACACACUGUCGGCUGAUUUGGCGGCACUGUGCGGCGCGGAGUCACUUCCGCGGCAUGAAGUGGUCAAAAAAAUCUGGUCCAUCAUCAAGGAGCGUAAUCUGUACGAUCCCAAAAACAAACAGUUCGCCAUUUGCGAUGCAGAUCUGCUGAAAGUGAUCGGUAUCAAGCGAUUCCGCACAUUCGGUAUGCUCAAGUAUUUAAAACCACAUUUCAUAGAUUAGGUUGCGGCAGGCAGCAGUUUAAAUGCAUAACAAAUGUAGUAAGGAUUAUCUUACAUAAGUAAUGUCCAACUGAAACUAAGAGAGAGCCGACUGUGGGAUUUUUUAAAAAUUACUAUUAGUUUGUCAUUUCAACGAAAUAACGCCCCUUCGAUCGGAAGGGCAUGUCGUAACUUUGUGUGUCGUUUUUUUAAUACAACAGAACGAUUACCAAAUCUAAUUCAUUCGUAACACAAUUCUUUAAAACUUACUGAAAUUUACACUCGCAUAUUAUGUGCAAUUAGUAUUAGGAGGUAAUAUAUUUACGCACGAUUGAUACAUUCAGCUGAGUUUAUUUGUAGACAAUUUCUACAAUAGAAACGAAAGAGGAUUGACAAAAAUAUUAGUGGAAGUAAAACGAGGAGUGAAUUUCAGAGUAUAUAAUAGCCUUCAAAUAUUGAAAAAAGUUUCCAUGAUUGCAUGGAAUGUAGUAGAAAACAAAAAGCGGGAGUUGUCUAUUCACACGGAACAUUAAUUUCAAGACAGAGCAACGCCGAUCAGUCAGAAUUCGACCCGGUCGAGCGAAGUAGUUCCGCCCGUCUACCUUUAACCCUUUUUUAGUGAAAUCCGAUGGCCCAGUUGCGAUAACAAACAAUGUGUGCAGCACGGAUCAAUUCGCAGUAAAUAUGCAAGACUAAAUAGCACGUACAAUAAGAGAAAUAAUCACUAUCUAAAUAAAAUUCUACA